GAAGAGGUUGCUGUUCUCUUGCUCUCUUUUGUCCAAAACGUGGAAUAGGAAUGGUUUCCGUACCUUUUUAAUAUGGAAGCUUAAUGGUAUUUUUAUAGUAAUUUUUGGAAUGUACUCUUGUUGCUGAGGAAUCUUCCGAUUUUAGAUCAGUUUAUUUUUUUUAUUAUUCAAGUAAAUAAAACAUUUUUUUUUCUGAAGUUUCAGUUGUCAUUUAAUGUAUAAAGUUGAGAUCUGUCUUUUGUACGAUCAUUUAAAAAAAAACUUUGUUCAUAAAACACUUCCCUUUUUACAUAUAGCAGAAUUGGCUGUCCCUGGCUUCCUAACCUUGUGACGAAUUAGUCAUGUCAAGUUUGCCUUUUGAAAUUAUGAAAAAAACUCUGGUCCUGCGGGAGUUUUUUUUUAAAUACUUGAAUAGUCAAAUCUCAAGUGUCAUAAUCUGAUUGGUUGUUUUGAAUCCAAAUAAGGGAUGUCUGCUGUUAGGUCAGGCUAACUGAUUUUAAAAACAGUAUGUGAGACUUGGGACCAACUGGGUGCCAUAAUAUGGUUUCGAGUUUUCGUGUCUCAGAACUUCAAGUGUUGUUAGGUUUUGCUGGUCGUAACAAAAGUGGUCGUAAACAUGAACUCCUCGUAAGAGCACUUCACCUGUUAAAAAGUGGCUGUAGUCCAGCUGUUCAGAUCAAGAUUAAGGAACUGUACAGACGACGUUUUCCUAGAACUAUUGAAAGCCUUGCUGACUUGUCAGCCAUAAAGUCUUCAGUUUUCUCUUUGGACAAUAAUCUUUCGACUGAUUCUGAGUUAACGUCAGGCAUUGCGCAUUCUUCAGCAUCCACAUCAGCCACACCUCAGACCUCAUCUCCAUUGGUUAGCUCCGUGUUGCUGCAUGAGACUAAACCGAAUAUAGAAAUGCAAGAGGCUUCUCCUUCCAUCCAUCCUGUCCAUCCAGAUGUCCAGCUGAAAAGCAUACCCUUUUAUGAUGUGCUGGAUGUGCUUAUUAAACCUACAAGUCUGGUGCCAUCAAAUAUUCAACGAUUCCAGGAAAAGUACUUUAUCUUCGCAUUGACUCCUCAACAAGUAAAAGAAAUAUGUAUUUCUAGGGACUUUUUGCCAGGUGGAAGAAGAGACUAUAUUGUACAGGUGCAGUUGAGGUUUUGUCUCGCAGAGACGAGCUGUCCACAAGAAGACAAUUACCCUAAUAAUUUGUGUAUAAAAGUAAAUGGAAAACUUUAUCCAUUACCGGGGUUUACGCCGCCACUUAAAAAUGGUGUUGAGCAGAAGCGGCCUGGUCGACCUUUAAACAUCACAUCGCAAGUUAGGCUCUCGUCAGCUGUACCCAAUCAAAUAUCUGUUUCUUGGGCACCAGAAAUGGGAAGAAAUUAUUCGGUGUCUGUGUUCUUGGUGAAGCAACUGACAUCGGCAGUAUUACUGCAGAGGCUGCGGAACAAAGGCAUCAGGAAUUCUGACCAUUCCAGAGCACUUAUUAAAGAGAAACUGACUGCAGAUCCUGAUAGUGAGAUUGCGACCACAAGCCUAAGAGUUUCGUUGAUGUGCCCAUUGGGGAAGAUGCGGCUGAUAGUCCCUUGCCGCGCGGUCACCUGUACACAUCUACAAUGCUUCGAUGCUGCCCUCUACCUUCAGAUGAAUGAAAAGAAGCCCACGUGGAUUUGUCCAGUGUGUGAUAAAAAGGCAUCCUAUGAUAGUUUAAUAAUAGAUGGCCUAUUUAUGGAAAUCCUGAACUCUUGCACAGAUGUAGAUGAGAUUAAAUUCCAAGAAGAUGGUUCCUGGUGUCCAAUGAGGCCUAAGAAGGAAUCUUUAAAAUUAUCCAAUUCACAGUGUACAAAAGUUGAACUUACAUCAGCUUCAAAUGUCACCAACAAGACUUCUUCUGCAGUGCCAGCCAGUGAAGCAAGUAGCAACAAGAGGGUUGAAGUUAUAGAUCUUACUGUUGAUAGCUCCUCUUCUGAUGAGGAGGCAGAUCCUCCGCUAAAGAAACGGUGUUUAUAUCCAACGAAUACAGAUGACACUGCCAACAAAGGGGUUCUUGCUUAUCAGCCACCUUCAGUUCGAUUGCCAAAUGUCACAACAGUUGAUACAAGUUUUCUGCCUCAGUUAGCAGACUAUCCAGCCGCAUUCCAUCACUCAACAAUGGGAGCUCUUCCGCCUGAAAUUCAAAAUCUGGACUUUUUCUCAUUGUUUCAGAGCGACCCUCAGUACUGUCAAUCUAUAUUUCUGGACAAUCUCUCCUCUGCUGUUGGAUCACCGACUAUGACACCCACCACUGUAGGCGGAAGCAUCAUCUCAUCAACCCAGCACCAUGAGGGAAGCAGCACCAGCCGAGCAGAAACUGGGGUCAUAGCAGGAGGUGGAGGAGGAGGCAGCAGCAUCCCAGACAUCAUCUCUUUGGAUUGAUGAAUUUUUAUAGACUUGAUUUUGUAUUCAAGAGCUAGACUGGGGGAGGUGUUGGUUGCAGGGAAAAAAGAGUGGAACAGCAAUCAUACUGCAGCUAAGGAACUAGAUUUCAACAUUUUGUGCAUUCUCCAUGGUGCUGCCACUUUGUUUUUGAAAUAUUGAGAACUUUGUUGGCUGGCAGCAUUCACAGAGUGCUAGUGCAGCACUUCCUUGGAUGGGUAUGGAAGCAAAAUGGAUAACAGGAACUGAGUUUGGAUCUGAAAUCCUGAGUGGGCUUGGAGUUUGGUGGGCACAGAAGAAAAAAAUUGUAAUGUGUUUUGUUGCGAUUAAUGUAGUGUAGUUCCAUUUAUGGCCACCAAUGAAAUUCACAACAAAUUUUUAUUCUUCUGACUGUUGACUCUGGAUAUCCAUGCCUCUCCUCAAAUAUAUGCAUUGUCUCUGUAACAGUUCAAAUAAUUGGUGCUUUAUUGUGAAGAAUACUAUACCCUCAGCCACUGUUGAAGAACACCAAUUACUGAGGUGUUAAGUACUGUAUUUCUGACUCAAAUGCAAUAACUGAGCCAGAGGGUAAGAUCUUUAGGAUAAGAUAUUGUAGUAGCCAGUUCUGAGAUUUAAUUCUUUAUUGAUGAUUAAAUUACAUGUAAGCUUGUACAGUGUUUCUAGGAUGGCAAAAAAUACAUUUUUCUUUUUACGGUUUCCAUUCCUUUUGUAAUUUAAAUGCAGGUUUCUGGGCUUUUUUAAAUAAAGUAAUUAGGACUACAGAUGGGAGAGCAGGGAGAAAGAAUGAGUCAUGCAGACAAUCUAACCUGUGGCAAACACAUUGCAUGGUGAUGAUGCAGAUUAGGAAUGCUCUGCCUUCAGUAUCUGAUAGUCUAGUGUGGAUAAAUGCACCAUGUACUAUAGUAAGCAGUAUAGGCCAGAAGGUCCAAAGUACGAUUUCUAAUCUGUCCUGAGCUCAUCAAUCACAGCCAGAGAAUUGAUUGUGGUAUUAUGAUUGGUCUCAGUCUCUCUAAACUAGGUGAGAUUCUCAUUAUAUCCAUCAAAUUAAUCCUCCAAAAUAUGCCCAUGUGAACAAGCCUUGGAUAGUAUCAAAGUGGACUGUGUUGUGCUUUACAUUUGAAUUGGUCAGUUUACUGUGGUACAAGAUGGUGCCUGUGAAACUGGACCCGAGUAAUAGUGCCUUCAGGAGAGAAUGAGUGAGGAGGGUUAGCCAAAAAAAAAAUUGGUUGAAUUUUUAAAAUUUACUUUUACAAUUAUGCAAUUUAAAAUAACUGCUGAUCUUGGCUACAUUGACUGGGUGAAACCUAUUCUUCAACUAGCAAAAGCAAGUCAUCUUAAACAAAGUAGGGCAAUGCAUUUAUAUAAAGAUGUUUUCCAAACUGGAUUUUCUAAAGGAAGCUUUCAGACCUCUUUUUAAAAGAAAGUUAACAUUUGAAGCAGUUGAUGUUAUCUCUUUUUCUGCUAUAGGGUUUUCAAUAAAAUUCUUGUGCCAUUUUUGUCUUCUAUGCUAAAGAAGCUUGUAACAUUAUAUUACGCUCUGCACUUGUGAAUUCGGGAUCUAAAAAGUAAAAUUAUGUAUUCUCUGAAGCCUAA